UGAGCCCGAGUUCCGGGGUUCCGCCACCAGGCAGCAGUUAGUCUCUCUUCUGUACGGGACGGGCUGGCCUGCCUGCCGCCCUACCCUCGGCGGGGCCUUCGGCGCAGCUAUGGUUGUGCUGCACGUGAAGAGAGGCGACGAGAGCCAGUUCUUGCUGCAGGCGCCCGGGAGCACUGAGCUGGAGGAGCUCACGAUUCAGGUGACCCGCGUCUACAAUGGGCGUCUGAAGGUGCAGCGGCUCUGCACAGAGAUGGAAGAGCUGGCAGAACACGGUGUGUUCCUCCCCCCUAAUAUGCAAGGGCUGACGGAGGAGCAGAUUCAGGAGCUGAAGCUGAAGGAUGAGUGGGGAGAGAAGUGCGUGCCUAGUGGGGGCUCUGUCUUUAAGAAGGACGACAUCGGACGGAGGAACGGGCAAGCUCCAAAUGAGAAAAUGAAGCAGGUUUUAAAGAAGACGGUGGAAGAAGCCAAAGCGAUCGUGUCUAAGAAACAAGUGGAAGCUGGAGUCUUUGUUACCAUGGAGAUGGUGAAAGAUGCCCUGGACCAGCUUCGAGGGGCGGUGAUGAUCGUUUAUCCCAUGGGGCUACCACCAUACGAUCCCAUCCGAAUGGAAUUUGAAAAUAAAGAAGAUCUGUCAGGAACUCAGGCAGCACUGGAAGUCAUUCAGGAGUCGGAAGCGCAGCUGUGGUGGGCUGCCAAGGAGCUGAGGAGGACGAAGAAACUCUCCGACUAUGUGGGGAGGAAUGAGAAGACCAAAAUCAUCGUCAAGAUCCAGCAGAGGGGCCAGGGUGCACCAGCCCGGGAGCCGAUCAUUAGCAGUGAGGAGCAUAAGCAGCUAAUGUUGUUCUAUCAUAGAAGACAGGAGGAGCUCAAGAAACUGGAAGAAAAUGAUGACGACUCCUGUCUGAACUCUCCGUGGGCCGACACCACGGCUUUGAAACGACAUUUUCACGGGGGCCUUGAUAGAAUGGAAAUCCAUGGAGUGGAGAAAGCCCUGCUGAUGAAGCUCUGGAAAAUCCCCCUUUGAGAGGAACAGAUGGUGUUGUCUCCCUGACAACGGGUCACAUUCCUCGGACACUGAACAUGUCAACCUGACAUAUCAUCUUCAGCUGCCAAGCGCAGAAAAGGGCAUUGUCCUCACUGACAAGGUGGAUUUCACCUCUCACACUUGACUUUCAAGACCUUGAGUGAAUCUUGCUGAAAUAAAUGUUCACCUUUGGGUUUGGUCCAA